AUGGCCUCCGGUGAGUGUUCCCGGCGGGGAUACCAGGGACUGAGGUCCCGGCAUGGUCGGGGUGGGGGAGCGAAGAGCUUGUCCUGGGUGUGCUGCGCCGAGUUUCGGAGGCUUAACGAGGCGAAGGGUGGGUGUAACCCAUAUAUAGAGAUCAUUGAACAACCCAGGCAAAGGGGCAUGCGAUUUAGGUACAAAUGUGAAGGGCGAUCAGCAGGCAGCAUUCCAGGGGAGCACAGCACAGAUAACAACCGAACAUACCCAUCCAUCCAGCACUUGGGAAAUAUAUUCCGUGCUUUAAUAGCUCUGCCACUAUGUUUUCAAAAUUUGGGUAUUCGAUGUGUAAAGAAAAAAGAAGUAAAAGAAGCUAUUAUUUCACGAAUAAGGGCAGGAAUCAAUCCUUUCAAUGUCCCUGAACAACAGCUGCUUGACAUUGAAGAUUGUGACCUCAAUGUGGUGAGACUAUGCUUUCAAGUUUUUCUCCCUGAUGAACAUGGUAAUUUGACAACUGCUCUGACUCCUGUUGUCUCAAACCCAAUUUAUGACAACCGUGCUCCUAAUACUGCAGAAUUAAGGAUUUGUCGUGUAAACAAGAACUGUGGAAGUGUCAGAGGAGGAGAUGAAAUAUUUCUGCUCUGUGACAAGGUUCAGAAAGAUGACAUAGAAGUUCGUUUUGUGUUGAACGAUUGGGAAGCAAAAGGUAUCUUUUCACAAGCUGAUGUACACCGUCAGGUGGCCAUUGUUUUCAAGACUCCGCCAUAUUGCAAAGCUAUAAUGGAACCGGUAACCGUGAAAAUGCAGCUGAGGAGACCUUCUGACCAGGAAGUUAGUGAAUCUAUGGAUUUUAGAUAUUUGCCAGAUGAAAAAGAUACGUAUGGCAAUAAAGCAAAGAAACAAAAAACAACUCUCCUUUUCCAGAAGCUAUGGCAGGAUUGUGCAGUUAAUUUUCCCGAAAGACCAAGACCUGGAUCAACUCCAGAAGGACGAUUCAUCAAAAAAGAACCAAACAUAUUUUCUCAUGGUGCAGUUGCAACAGAAACAUCCAGGCCCUCAAGUCAACCAGAAUCCUACUAUUCCCCCUCUGUGUCCAUCUCAAGGGCAUUACCGCAUCAUGGCUCAGCUAUAUCCUCCAUGAAUCCACCUUCGUCAAGCUGGUCAUCAUCAAUGGUUCACCCCAACUCACACUCGGUCAAUACAAAUCCACCAAAUAGUUUUUCAACAGGAACGCUUUCCUCUAAUUCACAGGGUAUCCCACCAUUUCUGGGAAUUCCUGUUGCAAAUGAUUUAAAUGCUUCUAAUGCUUGCAUUUAUAACAGUGCUAAUGACAUAGGCAGGAUGGAAUCAUCCAUGUCACCAGCUGACUUAUAUGGUAUCUCUGAUGCCAGCAUGCUAUCUAAUUGCCCUGUGGAUAUAACAUCCUGUCAUGAGAGCAUAAGGGAGACUGAUAAUCCAAGACUUGUGAGCAUGAGUCUCGACAGCCCCUCCUGUAAUUCAGUUUUGGACCCAAGAGACUUCCAUCAGAUGUCCUCUUCCAGUAUGUCGGCAGGUACCAGUUCCAGUACUACUGCUUUCGUUUCGCAAUCAGAUGCAUUUGAGGGAUCAAACUUCAGUUGUGCAGACAACAGCAUGAUAAGUGAGUCAGGACCACCAAACAGUACUAAUACAAGCAGUCAUAGCUUUGUUCAAAGUAGUCAGUAUUCAGGUCUCAGCACCAUGCAAAAUGAGCCAUUGGGUGACUCUUUUCCAUAUGAAUUUUUUCAAGUAUAA